CUACCCUACUCUGCCUACACUCGCUCUUGCGGAUUUGCAGACGUCAUCAGUCUUCAAUAUCUAAGUUAUAUUGACAUUUUAUACUGAUUGUGUGAAUUGUCUCAUUGAAAUAAAAAAAUUUGUAAUAUUUUUACGUUAAUAAACAUUCAAAUAUGGUACACGUAGGUACAAUCUGUAACACAGUGCCGUUUUUUUUCUUACUCAUUGGAGUUAUUAAUGGUUUUGUUAUAAAUUCUGAGAACAAACUAGAUGAAGAUUUUAUCAUUCCACAUUACACACAUUAUGAAGAGCUUCAACAGUUGUUUAAUUUACUGGUUCUGAAAUACCCAAAUUUGGCCAAAGUGAUUUCUAUAGGAAAAUCUGUGGAAGGUAGAGAUCUGUUGGUUCUUGAAAUUUCUGAAAAUGUUAAAGAACGGAAACUAUGUGAGCCAAUGGUGAAAUAUGUUGCUAAUAUGCAUGGUGAUGAAGCUGUUGGUAGAGAGUUAUUAGUUUAUCUUGCUCAAUAUCUUUUGAAUAAUUAUGGGAAAGAUGAAAGAGUUACAAAAUUAGUGAAUAACACUGAUAUCUAUCUUAUGCCAUCAAUGAAUCCUGAUGGUUUUGAAAAAUCAGUGGAAGGGAACUGUAAUUCCAAGAGAGAUUUUUCAGGCCGUGAAAAUGCGAAUCAUGUUGAUUUAAAUAGAAAUUUUCCAGAUCAAUUUUACAAAAGAACUAAUUAUCUUCAAAAAGGAGGCAGUAUAUUGGAUGGACGGCAAAAUGAAACAGUAGCUAUGAUGACUUGGAUUGCUACAGAGCCAUUUGUAUUGUCGGGAAAUCUUCAUGGAGGGGCUGUUGUAGCAAGUUAUCCCUAUGAUUCUGGCAGUGCACUUCCUUGUUGCGUUGAAAGUAAAAGUCCAGACGAUGAGUUAUUCAAAUAUUUAGCACACACGUAUGCAGACAAUCAUCCACAAAUGCGUACAGGUAAUGCAUGCAGUCAUGAUGUUUUUCAAGGAGGUGUUAUCAAUGGUGCAUAUUGGUAUGAAGUUAUUGGAGGAAUGCAAGACUUUAAUUACGCUCGUUCUAAUGCAUUUGAAAUAACAUUUGAGCUUAGUUGUUGUAAAUAUCCAACUGCUUCAAAUAUGCCAAAAUAUUGGAGAUUAAAUAAGGAAUCCCUUAUAAAAUAUCUUGAGCAAGCCCAUAUUGGAGUAAAAGGUCUUGUAAGAGAUACAAAUGGUGAACCAAUAGAAGCAGCUACUAUCAUUGUGCAUGGAAUUAACCAUAAUGUAUCCACUACACAUCGUGGAGAAUAUUGGCGUUUGUUACUACCCGGAACUUAUAAUAUUCAUGCAGAAGCAUGGGGAUAUCGUCCAAGUGAACAAAUAAAUGUCACAGUAAUAUCAGGUGAACCGUCUAUUGUCAAUUUCACUUUAACACAGGACACUUAUGAUGAUCAAGGAAAAUUAAAAUCAAAUGAAGUCAAGGAAUUUAUCAGACCUAUUGACAAGUAUGGUUUUUUUCAUAAUACGGAAUUCAAACACCAUAAUUACAUAGCAAUGGAAAAUUACUUGAAGGAAUUAAAUUUAAAUUAUCCAAAUAUUACAAGACUUUAUAGUAUAGGAGAGUCUGUCAAAGGACGACAGUUAUAUGUUAUGGAAGUAACAGAAAAUCCUGGGAAGCAUAGUCAAAAUAAACCUGAAUUAAAAUAUAUAGGAAACAUGCAUGGAAAUGAAGUUGUUGGUAGAGAAAUUUUAUUGUUGUUGUUAAAGUAUCUUUGUGAAAAUUUUGAAACUAAUGAAAGAGUUACAAAAAUAUUAAAGAAUGUGAGAUUGCAUGUAAUGCCAAGUAUGAAUCCAGAUGGUUACGAAAUUUCUAAAGAAGGAACUAUAUAUGGAGUUCGAGGAAGAGUAAAUGCUAAAGGUGUUGAUCUCAACAGAAAUUUUCCUGAUCAAUAUGAAACGAAUGAUUAUAAUAAAGAGCAAGAACCUGAAACAAAAGCAGUAAUGAAUUGGAUUGCAAGUAUUCCAUUUGUACUUUCUGCUAAUUUUCAUGGAGGAGCAUUAGUAGCAAAUUAUCCAUAUGAUAAUGAACCAAAAUCCGAAUAUAAUAUUGAAAAUCUAAGUCCGGAUGAUAAAGUUUUUAAAGCUUUAGCAUUAGCAUAUUCAAAUGCUCAUCCUUAUAUGCAUCUUGGAGAACCAUGUCCUUCAUUUUCAAAUGGACGAAAUACAGUACAAAGUAUGCUAGAGAAAAGUUUCCCAAAUGGUAUAACUAAUGGGGCUGCUUGGUAUUCUGUUAGUGGAGGCAUGCAAGAUUAUAAUUACAUUCAUAGUAAUGAUUUUGAAAUUACAAUAGAAAUGGGAUGUACAAAAUUUCCAAAUGCAACUCAAUUACCAGAAUAUUGGUUAGAAAAUAGAGAAUCUCUUCUACGUCUAAUUGAAAUGUCUCGUAAAGGAAUACAUGGAGUAAUACGUUCCUCAAUUGGAAAUCCUAUACCUAAUGCUAAAAUAUCUGUAGAAGGAAUUAAGCAUGAUAUCUAUGCAGCUAAUAAUGGAGAUUAUUGGCGUCUUUUAGUUCCAGGCAAAUACAAUGUUACAGUUAGUGCGGUAGGAUAUGAAUCUCAAAUGCAAACUGUAACAAUAAUAGAUGGUGUUAAUAUUGGAGAAGGAGAAGUAACACUGGAUUUCACGUUAAUGCGCGAUGAUCCUGAACAUUGGUCAUCUGCUUAUGAUUUUCGAUUAAUAGCAAAUUUACAGAAUAUUUAUUUAAAAAAUGCUGAGUUAAGUGCUAGAUUUAGUCAAUUAGAAAAUCAUCAACCAAAUAUUGCAGAAUUUCAAGCUGGGGAAUCAUUAAUUAGUAUGGUUAUUCAUUCCUUAAAAGUUACAUAUGAUAUGGGUGCACCUGAAGAAAAUAAAUAUCGUAUUGGUUUAAUUGGAGGUUUAUUUGCAUCUCAACCAAUGGGUAGAGAAAUACUGUUACGAUUAGCAACUCAUAUACUCAUGGGAAAUCAAAUUGGAGAUCCUCCUAUACAGAGAAUAUUGAAUAAUUCUGUAUUACAUUUUGUGCCAGGCAUAGAUCCAGGUUUUGAUAAUAUAAUAAAUGUUCAAGAAUGUAAUCCCAUUGUAGAUGAUGAAAUAGGCAAAAGACUAUUAUCACACAAUAACAAUGUAACUUCAAAUAAAUUGGAUAUGAUUACCAAUGCAUUUAAAACAAUGUUAUCUAGUGAAGAAUAUGACGCGAUAAUAAUAUUAGAAAGUGGAGCACUUGAAAUCGGUUAUACAGAUGAUAGUUUGAAUGUGUAUAAAACUCUAGCUAAAAAUUAUGAACAUUUAAUACAGAAGCGAACUUGCAAUUUUUUCAACAAUGAUGUUAAAAAAGUACAGAAAUAUAUACAAAAUGAAUAUAAAAUACCAGUAAUAAGUAUCAAUAUGGCUUGUUGUAAGUAUCCACCUCCAGAAUCUAUUCCAACUAUUUGGCGUGAAAAUUUAUUGCCCUUAAAACAACUUAUUCAAAGCCUUACAACUGGUGUUCGAGCAAUAGUAACAGAUGUUGACUAUGUUCCUUUAAGAGAAGCUGUAGUUACAAUUGGAACCAAUAGCUACCAUGUCUCCAAAAACAUGGCUUAUUUCAAAAUUAUUCUUCUUCCUGGUGAAUAUUCAUUAACAUUUUUCUGUGAAGGUUAUAUAGAACAAUCUAUAAAGGUUCAUGUAAGUGAUCAAAGCAUAACUGAUCUUCACAUUAAAUUGACGAAACGUCAUAUAGAAAAAGCAAAAUAUCAAAACUACGACAAUGAUCAAGAAACAUUAAAUAUUAUAAAUCAAGUUUUGAUUGAUUUGAAUAAUAAAUACUCACAAUUAUCAACUUUACAUACGAUUAGUAAAUCACAAACGGGUACUCGAAUAAUGUGUUUAGAAAUUGGAACUGAAAAUAAUUACAAACGCAUUGGCCGACCAUCUAUAGCUUUCGUAGCUGGUAUUGCAAGUGGUGCACCUGUGACAUCUAAAAUUUUACUUCAUUUUGCAACAUAUUUAUUAGACCAUUAUCAAAAAGAUACUAAAAUUACAAAUUAUCUGGACAAAUUUACAAUAUAUAUAGCACCAGAUUUAUCUCAAAAUUCUAAUGAUAGUCAAACUUGCUCUUCAUUUAUUGUGGAUAAUUUGCAAUUUCCCAUUAAUGAUAGAUUAAGUACUAAAGCAAGCACAAUAAUUAAAUGGUUUGAAAAUAUUAACGCCGUAUUAGCAAUAAAUUUGAAUAUUGGUUCACAACAUAUUGAAAUUCCAUUUGCGGGAAAACAUGGAAAAAUAUUUAAACAAAUGUAUAAUACCGAUGAUGAUGAUGUAUUACAAGAUUUAGCGUUGUUAUAUACAAAAUAUAAUAUUCAUAUGAUUUCUAAAAAUCCACAGUGUAAUUACGAUUUGAAUGUAUCUAAUGGCAUAAUUCAUGCUGGAAUGGGCAUAAGUGGUAAAAGAGAGCAUUCUUUGAUGGAUUAUCUUUAUUUAAAUACAAGUACUUUAAUGUUGGAUGUAUAUGUUACUUGUUGUAACACAGAUGAUUCAAGAAAUAUAUGGGAAGAUAAUAAAGCUAGUUUAUUAAUAAUGAUAGAAAGGCUUAAUGAAGGAAUAAAAGGACAUGUUCUUAAUGAAAACAAUGAACCGAUUGAAAAUGCUAUUUUAUCAUACAAUAAAUCAAUACAUCAUGUUAAAACUGGAACAAAUGGGGCUUACUGGCUUUUAUUUCAACCUGGUACUCACAUUAUAAGUGCUAGCGCAUCCGGAUAUAUUCAACAGACUAAGAUGUUUAUCUCACCAGAUGUACAUAGCGUUUCACGCUUAGUAUUUAAAUUAAAAUAUAACGACAACAUUUUAGGAAUGCCUAGAAUUGUUUUCGUAAUUCUCACAAGUAUUAUAUGUUUGACAAUUCUUGCUUGUUCUAUUUUUAUUUGUACCAAUUGUAAAUCUUCUAAAAAUUCACAAAAAAGUAAUUGGAAUAAAUAUACAUUUAGUCUACUAAAAGGCGGUACAAGCUUUUUUGAUGAUGAUGAAAAAGAAAUUGAAAUAUUUAGAAGACCAUUAAACGAAUAUAUUCAAACUAAUGAAGUUACAAAACCAUAUUUUGAUGAUGAUAAUAUGUCAAGUUCGGAGGAUGCCAGUGACUUAGAAUUUAUUAGACCAAGUACAGAAUGGAAAGAAGAGACAUCUAAAGAGCAUGGAUAAUUCAGUAUUCACUAAUAAAUAAAAUAUUUUGUUAUUAUACUUAAAUUAUGAAAAUUAGACAAAAAAUUAUUACUAGAAAAGAAAGGAUAACAAUGUACUUAACAAUAGAGUGUACUUUUGUUUACUUAAUCAAAUAAUAUUUAGUAAUGAUAUUUAUUACUCGGUAAACAUGGUUACUACAAAAUAUUAUUUUCUAAAAUUUUUUUAUCAAUCUAGAGCAUGAUAA